CCUCGUGAAGUGUGUUUGUGUCGGGACAUUCCUCGUUCUACGUCUCGAUCCGUUACGUUUUACAAAGUGCUCCGGACGAGAUCGCAUAUUCCAGUUGCCUCCGCCGCCGUUUCGAACUCUGCGAACAUUUCGAUCGCUUCCUCGAUCUAGAACCGCGCGACUAUCGCCCGCCGGAGGAUCCAGGAACGGUUGCUCGCACGCGUGUGUUGAAACGGUCGUUGCUCGAAAAAGCGUGUCCAGUUGCGUACCGUCGCGGCUCGCUUAAAGGAGGAAGAGGUGUGCAGCAGGUCGCGCGUCGAGACGAAGCGCACAGUGUGCCGCUGGUGUACGCGCGCCGCUUGCAACGUGGCGUUUUGAAAUCGCGCGCAAAAGGCGGUGCGCGAAGCGGCGCGCGCGCGGCCCCCGCGAUCCGGCGCCGAUGGGAAUCGGCGCGCGAGGCCCGCGGUUCUCAGUGCACGCGCGUCCCCGUUGAGCAACCGCCGCGCCGCCGUCGAUCGUCCUCGGCGAUCCAUCGACGAAUCAACGGAAGAUAAUGGGAUAUCCGUUCCAGCGGGCGGAUCGCGAUGUCGGCGUAGCCGGACGGUCGUCCAGGUAGAAUCGGCGGGUACCCCGACCUGCUCGUGAGCCGGAUCAGGAAACCCAUGAGGUUGCCCGAAGAGUCGGCGAGUGUUGUUCGCGGCGAACACGGGAAGAGGUCCUUCGCGAGUGACAGUGCUGGUUGCUUCGGUCCAACCGUCGUCGAACGAUGAUGCGCCGCGCGACGGUGACGUCGACGGUCCCGCGCGAGUAGCGAUCGACCGACCGAUCGAUCUCGCGACCUGACGGAUAUACACGCGUCACCGGCCUCGCGCGACGUCGCACGUACUCGGUGAAAGUCGCCAGCGCGUACGCCGCUCCGUGGAAUCGCACCUGAACGCGGACGGACACGACCGGCGGCGGACAACGACGGGUCUCGCCGUCGUCCCGACGACGCACCGGUAACGAUCCACGAUCGAAUGGAUAGGAUACGGAUAAACCGACCGCCGGGGACGGCGAUCGUCGCCGUUUUAUUGCUGAUCCUCAGUCCCGCGGCGGCGCAGGGUCGCGUGGAGGAGACGCAGAUGGACACGCACGAGGGGUCCACGGUGCAGCUGCAGUGCCGCUUCUCCCCGCCCCGGGAGAACGUGACGUGCUUCUGGCUGACGCACACGAACGACAACCACGACAACGCGGCGGUGGACAACCGCGAGCUGUCGCCGCAGUACAAGGUCUUCAUGAACCUCGAGGAGGGCCGGUAUGAUCUUCAGAUCAGGAACGUGUCCUACGAGCGGGACAACGGCAAGUACGAGUGCCGCGUGAAGGCGAACGGCGCCGGCAUCGACCUGCACCGGAAGUUCAUCACGCUGACGGUGCUGCGAGCGCCGGGACCGCCGACGAUCUCGCCGGCCUCGGCAUCGGCGACCGAGGGCGAGAAGCUCGAGCUACAGUGCAACACGAACGGCGGCAGCCCCGAGCCGGAGGUCAGGUGGUACCGCGGCAACGAGACGGCGGUGCUGCACUCCGGCAAGACGCUGCUGGUGGAGCCGAAGAAGGAGGACGACAGGGCGACGUUCCGCUGCGUGGUGAGGAACAGAGCGAUGCGGGACGGCGAGACGCUGAACGCGACCGUCACCCUCGACGUCAACUACUUCCCGCGGGUGACCGUCGGCCCGGAGAACCCCCUGAAGGUGGAGGUGAACGGCACCGCGAACCUGGAGUGCCGGGUGGACUCGAAGCCGGUGGUGGAGAUGGUGCGCUGGUGGCGCGACGGCAGCUUCGUCGCCACCAGCUUCCAGCACACCAUCAAGCGGGUGACGGUGCAGGACUCCGGCAAGUACACCUGCCAGGCGGACAACGGCCUGGAGAAGAAGGGCGAGAGCUCUUUGAUACUGGACGUCCUCUACCCCCCGACGGUCACCAUCGAGGGCGACACUCUGAGGGAGGCCGAGGUCGAGGACACCGUCACGGGCCACUGCAACGUCACCGCCAACCCCCUGCCCUCGGUGAUCGAGUGGCUGAGAGAAGGUCGGCCCGACUUUCGCCAGUUAGGCUCCAUCCUCAGGCUGAGCCGCGUCACGGCUGACCACGCCGGCAACUACACUUGCCGCGCUGUCAACACUAUCCACCCCUCCGGCGGGGACAGGAGGAACUACUCUGCCACCGCCAGGUUGACUGUCAGGGUUAGGCACAAGCCUGGUCCGGCUAGAGUCACUCCGGACUCGCCGGUCGCAGUUGAGGGGUCGAGAGUCAUCCUCACUUGCAAGGCUAGCCCUGCCGGCUACCCCGAGCCUAGGUACAAAUGGUGGAAGGAGGGCGAGGCAGGGACCAUCUCCAUGGCUUCGGAUAAUACCGGACCCAGGUACGAAAUCGACUCCGUCCACCUGGGCAGCGAGGGGACCUACAAAUGCCACGCCACCAACGAGGUCGGCAACGGCGAGGCCGCCUCCGUCAACCUGACCGUUCACCAGCCGCCGAAGAUACUCACCAAGCUGCAGCCGCAUGUUACCAGAAAAGUGGGCGAGUCGUCGUUCCAAGUGUCCUGCGUGGCGCAAGGCAAGCCCCGUCCCAGCGUGCGCUGGCUGAAGGACGACCAAGAGCUGACAGCGGACGAGAGGCUGUACAAAGUAACGACGAGCGCCUUGGAGGGCCACGGGAACGUGAUCAACGUGAACUCGACCUUAAGCUUCCUAGGCCACGCUCGGCCGCAGACGGACGAGAUCGUCGCGAGCGACCGCGGCAAGUACACCUGCGUGUUCGUGAACGAGGUGAAGAAGGUGGAGUCGACGAUGAUGCUGAAAGUGGAGCACGAGCCGAUACCGCUCCACCAACACGGGAAAGUAGCCUACGACCUCGGGGACUCGGCGGAGGUGACCUGCAAAGUGCAAGCCUGGCCGAAGCCGGAAUUCCAAUGGAGCUUCGGGACGAACCCCGCGCCGCUGCAGGGCUCGUCGAGCGACGGUCCGUACGAGAUCUUCACCAGCAGCGACAACUACGACGUGUACAUGUCCGUGCUGAGGAUAGCGAACAUCCGCGAGUGGAAUUACGGGGAUUACAGCUGCCGCGCGGCGAACGCGCAGGGCAGCAUCACGUCGACGAUCCGGCUGCAGCCGAAAGGCGCGCCGGACAAGCCGAUCAACGUCACCGCGAUGGACGUUGGGCCCACCCACGUGGCGCUCCUCUGGGAGCUGGGCUUCGACGGCGGCCUGAACAUCACGAAAUACUUCGUCUACUACAAACGAGUGCCCGGCGGCGACGAGAUCAUCGUGCCGGACUGCCCGGGACCCAGGUCGCCGGCGGGACUGUGGGCGGAGGUGCAGUGCGUCUGGACGAAUCCCUGCAACGUCACGGAGCUGGAGCAGCAUCAGACUUACGCGUUCAGGGUGAAGGUCUACAACACGAAGAACCAUUCAGAUUACUCGGACGAGAUCACCGCUACUACCGCCGUCCCGAAGAUCCCCGCGCCGCUCGAGGUCAGCUACGACCCGGAGAGCGGCAGGCUGGUCAUCAGCGUGAAGGAGACCUGCUUGUCGCUGGUCGCGCUGAUCGAGAAACUGGACACGCCGACGUCCUCGCUGCAGGAGUCCCAGUGGAAGCUGCUCGACGAGUGGCAGCUGGAGGUGAUGGGCACCGCGUCCACGCAGAGGGAAGGCGACUUGAAGGACUACAAGUCUCUGGGCGACGACCCGAAGCUCAGGAUCCGGCUGUGCCUGAAAGCCGACAAGCAGAAGUGCGGGGAGUACGUGCAGGCUAAGAUUGGCCCGUCGCGCAUCGCGCAGGCGGGCGCGCUCGCCACGCCGACGCUGAUCGCGCUGGUGGUCAGCGGAGCCGUCUUCCUCCUGUUCGCGGCGCUCCUGCUGCUCUUUUGUCGGUGUCGCCGGAAACACGCCACGAAGGCCAAGGACUACGAGAUGGACUCCAACGCGGUACGGCCGAGCCUAGUCGCGGGGAAUGGCCAGCAGAGCCAGGCGCCGCCGCCCUAUUACGCGGAGAACAAAGCCCUGGAGCACAGCCUGGACCACGCGCUGGCCAUGGAGGAUUCCAAGACGCCCGCGUACUCGCAGCCCGGCUACGGCUACCAUCAACCGAACCACAAUAUCAACGGUGUGAACAUGGGCUACAUGGACAACAGCUACUCGAACUCGAAUAACGGUGGUUCGGUGAACUCGCAAGACUCCAUCUGGCAGAUGAAGUCGGCGGCCGCGAACGGAGUGGGCCAGCCGUACGACCUGGCCGGCUACGCAACCACCGAGUCGGAUUACCCGACCCAUCCUCAUUACCUCCCGCAGAGGGAGGAUUACCGGGAAAGCCAUAAUCUAAGUCGACAGCAGUUUUGCUCGGAACCAUUCGCCACCGUCGUAAAGUCUCAAAAACACGUCGAUUCGCCGUACGACGUGUCCGGUCUACCGUAUCAGGAGAACUACGACGAGGACGCGAAGCCGCCGCAGCAGGUCAGCCUGUCGUACGACGAGAGCCUGGAGUCGGGCUACUCGACCCCGAACAGCCGUGGACGCAGGAUCAUCCGCGAGAUAAUCGUCUGAGACCUGCCUACCGGCU